ACAUUUGGAUCGGACUAAAUAUACUAUUGGUCCGGUCAUUAAUACUAAGAUAUUUUUCACUAUUGAACUGCGGUUCCACUAAAUUUGGUUGGAUCCGGUCCGGACCGGACCAAUGCCCACCCCUACAUGUUGCAAGCCAAUGCAGAUGAUAUUAAAUCGUAAUUCAAGAAUAGUAAAUAAUGUCUAAACAUACAAAUUAACCUGAUUUUUGGUUGGUUAAAUAUGUUCAGUCAUUCUUCUCGUCUUCCCCUCCCGCUUCAUGACAAUUUUCAGAUUUAGAUUGCGUUGAUGAGUUCCCUAUCACUAUGGACCGCUCACAAACAUUAGAUUUAAGUCAUUAUUCAUCCUAGCUAGCUACCACUGUGCCCUCUUGUUGGCUUUGCCAAUUACCUUCCCAAGCUCCUUGGAUAACUAAACGUUUUCUUGGAGAAUGAUGAAAAGGAGAAGGCAUUUCAAUUUCCCUACAUAGAGCUGAUUCAGCUGGUGCGAGCUUUGCAGGCUGAGGUGCGUGUGCAAAGAAUGGCGGUCCAUCAUAGAUGAACCCAGUUUCAUCCAACGCCAACUCAAGCGUUCUACUUCUCUGUUCCUCCGUGUACAAAAAGACUACGGAUGCUACGUUUCCUAUGGCUUCGAACCUGGAACUUUCUGUCCCGACAGACUAGAAGAAGGUUGGCAUGGACGCUAUGUCUAUGGUGUCAUGGGUUCAUGUCACGGCUUGGUCUGCCUAACUGAUUGCGAGACCCAACUCCGGCUGGUUAAUCCAGUGUUGCCGGAGGAGAAACAAUCUGUGACGCUGGAACAUCUCAUGGUGAGAGAUCCAUUGCUCUCAACCCAUGAUGUGUACUUCGAUGCUGAUUACUUUGAUAUCGAUGGGGACUACUUGCUUUCUUCAGUAGAGUGGCCGCUGGUUAUGGUUUCGGAUACGAUGAGGUUGUCAAGAACCAGUUGCUCCCAAUAACUCGAGUUGUUGGGAGAAGGUUUUGCUGGAUCUUAUACCACACUCUAACACGCCUCCUCAAACGAAAGCCAACUCAUGGGCUUGAAGUUUGCACAGGCCCACCAUACCAUGUGCUUGAAAGACAACGGUUAAUAUUGGGGGUCGUGAAGAUUCGAAUACAUGACCUUUUGGUUCGAGGCUCUGAUACCAUGUCAAGAACCAAUUGCUCCCAAUAACUCGAGUUAUUGGGAGAAGAUUUUGCUGGAUCUUAUACCACACUCUAACAGAGGUAGCUCACGACUACAAAGCCGUUAUACUGCUCACAGCAGGGUCUGAUGAAUAUGAUUAAGUAGUUAUUCUGUCUGUCAGCCGAAGCAAAUUUGCUUUGGCUUUUAAUAGUUGUGCUCCAUGUCCAAGCAGCAAACUAUUGAACUAUACAAACUGAAGAACAACAAAUUUAAUGGGUAACAAUUCGCAAAAAUGAAACUAUUAUCAAAGU